AUGAGCGUCGUCGCCACCGAUGGGUUGGACGAUGUCUAUGCUGCUCUUGAGCGCUACGACUGGGAUCACGACGCCGAGUUCCAGUCUGGCCUGAGUGCCAUUCUCGGCGUGAACGGUACAGCAGAACAGGCUGCCGAACUUGCCGUGAGGGCGCGAUGUUUUUAUUACUCGAGGUAUAAAAUACAACACCACCAUCGACUUUGA